GAGAAAGAAGGCGAUGAUUGAAUAAUAACCAAGUGAAUUAAGUGAGAGCCUGGAAUAGAUCUAGAUAUGCCAGCAAGUAAAAAAAAGCCGAAUGGGCCUUUGUCCUGCAAAAAGAAAUCUUCAACCUAUGAGGCACAGAAUCAGAAAUCAAUUUCCAGCUUUUUUCAGCCUGCUAAAACAAAUUCAGCAACACCUGCUUCAAGUAGCUUGUUUUCUAAAGUUGGCCAAACAAGUGUCAGCAAGUUAACAUUAAAGAAAGGAAGUACAAAAGUAGAAGCAGAUCAUUUGAACUUGGGAACAGAUCGGAAAGUAGAAAAUUAUACAGAAGUUAUUGAAAGUGAAAUAACAGCUGCAAUUAAAUGUUUCAGUACUGAAGAACAUUGUUCUUUCAAAACUGAAACUCAAUCAGAUAGAAUGGCUUCAAACCAAUCAAAUUUUACUGUUGUUAAAACUAGUUUAAACCAGUUGAAAAUUGAUUUAAAUCAAGGAAACAAAAGUGACAAAUUAAUUCGAAAUGAAACAAUUGUUAUCCCAGAAACACAGGUUUGUCUGGCAGAAAAUACACCAAAAAUGAAGGGUCAUGAUGAUGAGGGAAUCAUUCCUGAUACUCCACAAAGUGAUAGAAAUGAUGAACCAGUAAAAAAGAAAUCUUUUGGAAGAAGCUUUCUAAGCAGUGGUGCUAACGUUUCUGAAAACCCAUACAUCCUGAAGAAAGAACAUGUUAAAAAGCAACAGAUUUCUAAAGCUAGAAAAGGUCUUAUAUCUACUUCUUUCAAGUUUAAUGCAUAUGAAAAACAGGACAAUGAUUCAGAAAGAGAAAAAAAUGUUCAAGGAGAAGCAUACACAUGUAUAGAGAACGAAAUUGAAGAUUCAAGCAGUUUACAAAACAAUUUAAGUUCACAUGAAAUUGGCAGUCAAUUAUUUGCGACUGAGGGAGUUACACCUACAAAAGUGUAUCAAGGUAAAAGGACUUUUUUGAAGCGUAUGUCAAAAUGUGGGAGUUCACCAAACUCAAAAAGAUUUUUUUAUUCAAAUUUUGGUGCAAACAAUGGAAAAGAUAAAUUGGUGUCUGAAAAUGUUAGAGAGCUUAUGACAGGAAAUAGAACUGUUGAUAAAAAGAUAAAUGAUGAAAACCAGAAAGUUGGAUAUAACCAGAACUUUCCCAGUAAUCCUGAAGGCAAUCAGAAUUUGGAAGAAAUAAACCUACAAGAAAAGCAUAGUAUUAUAUACGAUGGAGCAGUGGACCAGAAAGAGAAUAAUAAAGAUUCAUCCAGCCCAUCAAGUAUUUCUAAAUGUUUAAAAAAUAAGACAGGAUCAUCAUUUUCAUAUCAACUGUCAUUGAUCAGAAAACAGAAGCCAGUAGUUUCAGAAAUCAAAAUUGAUGAAGAUGACUGCUUAUGUGCAAUAUUGAAUGAAUUAGAUAAUGAUAACAAAGAAUUUGAAAGUUCAAAGGUAAAAUCUUACCAGCCACCUGUGAUGUCUUUAAAAAAAACCAGAAAUUCGGUAUUAGGCAAAUUAUCAAGUGGAGAAAGACAUAAGAUAAAUAAAAGUUUAGAGGAAUCCUUAACAGAAGAUGACAUGAAGUUUCUGGAUAAAAUUGAUGAGAAAGUUCAUCAAAAAGUUAACAAAACAUUUCAGAUAAAAGAAGAUAUGGUCAGUAUGCAUGGUAUGAAAACAGUUGAAACUUCUUUCCUAAAGCAUAAUUUUGUAACGAAGAAAAGAUGGAAAGACAGAAAACUUUCAAAUAAUCAGAAAACAAAGGAAUCUGACACUCACAAGGCAGAUGACAUCGUUCCAACACAGUCAGUUGUUGAGAUUUUAAGCCAGUUGGGAAAAGAUGACAUUAAGGAAAAAGAAGAUGUUCCAAUUAAUGGAUUUUCAGACCAGCUAGAAAAACAGAAGUUGUCAGAAGAACUUGAAGCACAAACUAAAGAAAAAGAUGUUAUGCAGCCAGUUUGUGUAAAAUUUGGACGACAUAAAGUUGACAAACUUGAUCGUAACAGAAAUGGAAAUGAUUUGUGUUUACAGUUAACAGAUAUAUUUACAAAGAAACAAAAAAUCUGCAUACUUUCAGGAUUUUGGGCGGAUACACAUGUUUCUGAAAAUGAUAUUGUAAAUAUUCUUGGAAGUUUUGAUGGAAACACAUAUCAUAUCACAGACACUAAUGGACUAAUUGUUGUAAACCCUGAUCUACUUCUAUCAGGUACAACAGUUGUAUCAAGUGUCUUUUGUAUGAGAAAAGGAGUUUUAAGUGAGAAAUUCAAGGGCUGUGAUAAAGGAAACCAACAGAUGUUGUAUGGAAGUAUCAUACAUUUUGUAUUUCAGCAGGUUUUACAGAAGGGAUUGACAUUGGAGGAACAAAUUUUAAAGGAAGCCACAACAACUGUACAGCAAGCAAGGUUUUUACAUGACAUGUACAAAUGUAAUGCAACAGAAGGAGAGGUUCUAGAAGAAAUCAAGAAAUACAUCCCACAGAUGAAGAAAUGGUUGGACCAGUACACAAAUCUUGCUUCAACAUGUUCCCAAAAAAAAGGAGAUCUGCACAUUACCAAAGUAACAGAUAUUGAAGAAAAUAUUUGGUGUCCAAGAUAUGGGGUGAAAGGAAAGAUAGAUUUAACAGUUGAAGUACAGGCAAGUAAUCUAUAG